AUGAGCAUGUCCCUACUGGGCUUCAUUGAGCUAACCGAGCUCCACGAUCCAUGUGUUUACGGGUCUGCAGUCUGGGUCCUUUCACUGCGGAGUGUUGCUGUCCUGUCUCUGCCUGUUUUCUACGGAAGCUGCAGCUGUGAAAGCCCCACAGAGGAGUUAAAACGUGCUUGUACGGUGUCCAUGUUUUUGGCGCGCUCCCUGGUCAGGAUGUCGGGACACAAUCCAUUGUUGAGGCUGGAGCAGAGGGCGGCGGAGGCGGACCAGAUCAUAGAGUACCUGAAGCAGCAGGUCCAACUGCUGAAGGAAAAAGCCAUGGUCCAGGCCAGCGCCAGGGAGGAGAAGAAACUGAUGGUGGAGAAUUCCAACUUAAAGAGUGAGAUCGAAGCUCUGAAAAAACAGCUGCUGGAUAAAGAAAAGACGAGGGGAGUGCUGGAUGUGCCAAUGCCAUCAGGUGAAAACAGCGUGGAGUGUAGUCAAAAGUCCACACCCCUCACUCCCUCUCCAGCUGCCCCAGCUGCCCCAGCUGCCGCGGACGCCCAGAGCCCCUCUUCCAAAGACCAGGCCAAGAAGAAGCCAGACAAGAAAGAAAAGGCUGACAAGAAGCAGCCAGCCCCAGGUCAGGACGAGGCCAAGGUGGAUGUGUCCCGUCUGGACUUGCGUGUCGGUCGCAUCAUCUCUGCAGAGAAGCACCCGGACGCAGACAGUCUGUAUGUGGAGCAGGUGGACGUGGGCGAGGCCAGUCCUAGGACUGUGGUCAGCGGCCUGGUCAAGCACAUACCACUGGACCAGAUGCAGAACCGUAUGGCCGUACUCCUGUGUAACCUCAAGCCCGCUAAGAUGAGAGGCGUGGUGUCCCAGGCCAUGGUUAUGUGCGCCAGCUCCCCAGACAAAGUGGAGAUCCUGGACCCUCCGAGCGGAGCUGCACCCGGAGACAGAGUGACGUUCCAGGGCUUCCCAGGCGAGCCCGACAAAGAGCUCAACCCCAAGAAGAAGGUGUGGGAGCAGAUCCAGCCUGACCUGCUCACAGAUGCCAAUUGUGUGGCCACCUACAAAGGAGCUGCCUUCCAGGUGUCCGAGAAGGGCGUGUGUAAGGCCCAGACCAUGGCCAGCAGCGGCAUCAAGUGA